AUGUCUUCACCUGUGUUGAUCGACGAUGUUCUGAUACUUGUAUUGGAGAUUGUUGACCAGAGAACGCUUUACUCAUGUCUUUUUGUGAGUCGUUCAAUGUAUGAAAUUGUACUUCGCAAGUUAUGGCGUUCACCACGGUUUAAGAAAUAUCAAGAUAUUUUGGUUUUUCGAAAAUGUCUCCAGGCGAGACCUCGCUUUGGAAGAUAUGUCAAAGAACUAUGUUUCAAAAACAUUGUACAAUGUAAUUUUCUUGAUGACAACCUACUGACCAGUUUAAUCAAAAGUUGCAAUUGCCUGACAAAGCUCGAUCUCAGCUUUGCCGGAAUGAUCACGGAUACGGCGUUGAUGGUGGUAUCUCAGCAUUGCCCUCAGCUCAACCACAUCUGUUUACGUGAAUGUCGUACAUUGACCAAUGAUUCGAUAGGUGCUAUCGUGAAAAAUUGCAAGCAGCUCGUCUCCUUAAAUUUCUCAAGAUGUCUCAGCAUCACACCCUCAGUUUUCGAGGACUUGAUUACCAGGCACCGAGAUCAUGUAAAGAAAUUGGAUCUCACUUUUUGCAAAUGGGUUCGAGAUGACACGGCAUCGCUCAUCAGCCAGUUUGGUUCUCUUCGUAAACUCAUUCUCACCAACUGCGUAGAAAUUACGUCCAACUUUAUGAUAAACCUUGCACCGAAUGUGCCGCAUCUAAGAGCACUUCAUCUUGGUUGGGUAUUGAAUAUUACGGACGACGGUGUCAUUCAGAUCGUGGAUCAUUGUCCAAAGUUACGAGUGCUUGUUCUUUGUGGAUGCAACAUUCAUGACGAGACUUUGCAUCACAUUGCAAAAAAACUAAAAAUGCUCGCCAAAUUGGAUGUCUCUUUUUGCACGAAUUUGUCGGACGACGUCUUACGCAUGUUUAACAUUGCGGAGUUGAGAUAUGGGGAUUCGGGAUCGCUGCAAAAAGAAACUAUGAAAUCUUUCCAAAGUGAUCACAGACAUCUGAUGUAA